GUGAUUGGCCGGCGUUGGCGCGCGAAGGGGUGCGCGGCGCCGGAGCGGCACGCAGCGGGGGCAGGAAACAAUAGAGCCGCGGCCGGAGGGGUCCGAGCAGGGAGCGGAGCAGCCGGCCGCCCGCCUCACCCAGCCCAGCCCGCCCCGCCUCGCCUCGCUCCCCGCAGCCGCCCCGCUUCCCCCCCCCGCCCCGCCAUGGCGGACAAGGAAGCAGCCUUUGAUGAUGCAGUGGAAGAACGUGUGAUCAAUGAAGAAUAUAAAAUAUGGAAAAAGAAUACGCCUUUCUUAUACGAUUUGGUAAUGACCCAUGCUCUGGAAUGGCCCAGCUUGACGGCUCAGUGGCUUCCUGAUGUUACAAGACCCGAGGGCAAAGAUUUCAGUAUCCACCGGUUAGUGCUCGGCACCCACACUUCAGAUGAACAAAACCAUCUCGUGAUAGCGAGUGUGCAGUUGCCCAACGACGAUGCGCAGUUUGAUGCUUCACACUAUGAUAGUGAGAAAGGAGAGUUUGGAGGCUUUGGGUCAGUUAGUGGGAAAAUUGAAAUUGAAAUCAAGAUAAAUCACGAGGGAGAAGUGAACAGAGCACGUUACAUGCCGCAGAACCCGUGCAUCAUCGCCACAAAGACUCCAUCCAGCGAUGUCCUCGUCUUUGAUUACACCAAACACCCCUCCAAACCAGACCCUUCUGGAGAGUGUAACCCUGAUCUGCGUCUCCGUGGGCACCAGAAGGAAGGGUACGGGCUGUCGUGGAACCCAAACCUCAGUGGGCAUUUGCUUAGCGCUUCUGAUGAUCAUACCAUUUGCUUGUGGGAUAUCAGUGCUGUUCCAAAAGAAGGCAAAGUGGUGGAUGCAAAGACCAUCUUCACAGGGCACACAGCAGUAGUGGAAGAUGUAUCUUGGCACCUGCUCCACGAGUCUCUCUUUGGAUCUGUUGCUGAUGAUCAGAAACUCAUGAUUUGGGACACUCGGUCGAACAACACCUCCAAACCCAGUCAUUCCGUGGACGCCCACACAGCUGAAGUCAACUGCCUCUCCUUCAAUCCCUACAGUGAGUUUAUCCUGGCUACGGGAUCAGCUGAUAAGACUGUUGCUCUAUGGGACUUGAGGAACCUGAAACUGAAGUUGCACUCUUUUGAAUCACAUAAAGAUGAAAUAUUUCAGGUUCAGUGGUCUCCCCAUAACGAAACUAUAUUGGCCUCCAGUGGCACUGACCGCAGGCUAAACGUCUGGGACUUGAGUAAAAUUGGAGAAGAGCAGUCCCCUGAAGAUGCUGAGGAUGGUCCCCCAGAGCUGUUGUUUAUUCAUGGUGGUCAUACUGCAAAGAUAUCUGAUUUCUCCUGGAAUCCGAAUGAGCCCUGGGUAAUUUGUUCUGUAUCAGAAGAUAAUAUCAUGCAAGUCUGGCAAAUGGCGGAGAACAUUUAUAAUGAUGAAGACCCCGAAGGAAGCGUGGAUCCAGAAGGUCAAGGCUCCUAAACAACAACCCUUUCCUGUUUUUAGUCUGUUUCGUUCUCUUCCCUCUCAACCCUGAUAUUGACUUAACACUGGUUUUGAGACACACGUAGACUUUGUGUUCAGCCAUCCUUCUGUAGAUCACAUCCACAGGUGGCUUCUUUUCAACCCAGACGGGGAGGACUCCCUAAAAAAGGGCUCAGCCCCGCUCCGCUGGUGCUGUGCGUAGCUCCUCGCUCCCAUAUCCCCCAGCAGCCUCUUUGCGCGGGGCUGCCUGUCCCAUUUUAGCCGCCUUCAUCACACAGAGCAAACUUGGGUUGGAUGAUUUGUUUUCUUCUGUUUUAGCUUGCUGCAGCUGUGGGUUUUGCCUAAUUUAAACAAAAGUUAAAGCUGCCAGAGUGUGUUUGAGCCAAUGGAGAUGAUACAAGCGUUAAUCCACUGGCAGUUCAGAACUGGAGCGCGGAAGGUCUUGUCCUCUUCAGUACAGCUCUGAGGUCUUGGGGUUCCUUUAGUUCAUCUGUACCUUGUGGCUUUUUCUGCCUCUGCAGAUCCCGACUUCAGCUAAAGUUAAAUUUCUAUAUAUUUUUUGUCUCUACUGGCAGUUCUGGGUUUUGCAUUCCUUCUUUCCUUCCUUUCCCUUUGCACCCAUCGCUGGUUGACAGCGGUUUGGAUCCGUUAGCUAUUCCCGCAGAGUGGUGUUUGCCUUCCAUGUAUUUUGCUCUAUUGUGUGUUUCUCGAGCUGUGUUUUUCACAUAUAUUUCUUUCCUUUCUGUGAAAUGGUUUUUAAAACCUUGGGGCCACCGAGUUGUAAAGGUGUGUGUUCCUACCAGCUGACGUACCAUGGACGGCGUGCCCGCUAACCUCAAACAGCAUUGGUAGCUGGGAUCUGUAAAGCAAAUUAAACGUGGAUGAACUACUUUUUUUAGGAGUUAGGCCACUAGUUCCUGCGCAUCUCCCACUGGGGUGUCCUGUUCCACCAGCAACCUCUUCCUCUCCAUGCUCCUCAUGACUAAUUGCGUGUAAGUGCUUCAGAUGGAAUAAAUUUUUUCUACGUAAA